AUGGACCACGACAACAACCGUCUUCGACUGAACUUUCAGUUCGACAACCAGCAUAACUUUGAUGCAGCCAAUGCUCGAAUGUAUCCCACCACUCCGUCCACCUUUCCUCAGCCGAUCUAUGGCACUCAACAGCAGGAUUAUGCCACUGGUCUCGUGUCCCCAAAUCCCAACACGAACACCGGCUAUUUCUUGAAUCAACAAUACCCUCCUCAGUCGCACCAGGCUCAGUAUCAGCAGCAAUAUCAGUACCAACCACAGGGUGGUCUCCAAUCCCCUCAACCUGCCUACCAAGCGAACUCGCGACCCUACAUGGCGAACAACAAUGAUGCAACAAGCGGUCUCAUUCAACAGUUUUCGAACCAAGAUUUAGGGGCUACACCACGUGUCAACACCAACCGCACUCCGUCACCUGCCAUGUCACGUCCUCGGACAGCCGGUGAAGCCAGACAAGUCCAGAAUCCCUACCAAAGUCAUCUGGCGCCUCCUAUGCCAAGGCCAUCGCCAAAGCCUGAAGAGGAGGAACAGCCGAACCCGCGCAGAUACUCAGACAAUGUCAUUAAGCGGGGGACAGCUGCUAAGCAAUUGGUCAACAGUUUCUUUCAAGAGAACAUUGAGCGAGCCAGGGAUAGGAAUAGUCGUGCGAAGGAGCUGGAGGCGCUGCUCAAGAACCCGACCGUUGGCGAUCUUGAGAAGCAAAAGGAAAUGAACACGCUCGCGCAGAAAGAGGCACGCUUCCUGCGUUUCAUCCGAACGCGAGAAGUGCCUUCGAAUUUCACGACCAUCAAGGUCAUUGGCAAAGGAGCAUUUGGAGAGGUCAAACUCGUGCAACGCAAGACCGACGGGAAGAUCUACGCUUUGAAGUCUCUGAUAAAGUCGGAAAUGUUCAAAAAGGAUCAACUGGCCCACGUCCGCGCAGAGCGGGAUAUCCUGGCAGAUUCCAAAGACAACCCGUGGCUAGUUAAGCUGCAUGCUUCGUUCCAGGACAACACGUACUUGUACAUGCUGAUGGAAUUCUUGCCCGGUGGUGAUCUGAUGACUAUGCUGAUCAAGUACGAAAUCUUCUCGGAAGAUAUCACGCGGUUCUACAUGGCCGAGAUUGUCAUGGCUAUUGAAGCUGUGCACAAGCUUGGUUUUCUUCAUCGUGACAUCAAGCCAGACAACAUCCUCCUGGAUAGAGGCGGUCAUAUCAAGUUGACUGAUUUUGGUCUCUCUACUGGUGGUCGUAAACAGCACGAGAACUCGUACUACCAAGCACUGCUCAAGGCUGGAGCCAACGACAAGUCAGGAAACCGAAACUCGAUGGCCUUGAACGAGCAGAUCAAUCUGACGGUCAGCAACCGGGGCCUGGUGAAUACUUGGAGGAAAUCGCGUCGUCACAUGGCGUACUCGACGGUGGGAACUCCGGAUUACAUUGCCCCUGAGAUUUUCCUCGGUCAAGGUUACACGUAUUUGUGCGACUGGUGGUCUGUGGGUGCCAUCAUGUUUGAGUGCUUGGUCGGUUGGCCACCCUUCUGCGCCGAAGACACACACGACACCUAUCGCAAGAUUGUCAACUGGCGGGAAUCCUUGUAUUUCCCAGAUGAACUGGUUUUGGGUCGAGAUGCCGAAGACAUGAUUCGAAGUUUCCUCUGUGACGCCAAUGAUCGAUUGGGCAAAGAAGGAGGAGCACAUGACGGCGCAUCAUCCAUCAAGAAACAUCCUUUCUUCCGAGGAGUGGUGUGGGAUCAAUUGCGAAAGAUCCGAGCACCGUUCGAACCAAAGCUGUCAUCCAACAUCGACGUAAGCUACUUCCCCAUUGACGAGAUUCCUCAGGAGGACAACAGCGCAAUGCAUCGGGCACAUGCCAAGCAGAUCUCGCCGGAACAAGACGCUGAAAUGAGCUUGCCGUUCAUUGGAUACACGUACAAAGCAUUCACUGCGUUCCAAAACUCAUAG